ACACCAACCAGCAAACAAUAAAAAUUCUUUUUCCGAACUUUGACUCUCUCUCUCUCUCUCUCUCUCUCUCUCUUUCUUUCUUUCUCUCGAUUAACACUCAUUGAAUGGCGCGAACAGCAGCAGGAGGAGGAGGAGGAGGACGUGACCGACCACAACCCAUAGCGCACCUUACAGGUGGUGCAGUAUCCGGCAUGACCUCAUGCAUCAUGUUACAACCAUUAGAUCUGAUAAAGACUCGACUUCAACAGUCCAACCGUGACGCUGCGCACUUGAAGAACACCCUCACAACCCAACUUAAGAAAAAACAUACCAUGUUAACGACCAUACAAGAUAUCGUCAAGACGAACGGAGCAGCAGGACUUUGGCGUGGUACUGUACCUACGAUUGUUCGAAAUGUUCCGGGGACAGCCAUCUACUUUACGACACUUUCAGAAAUACGCAAUGCUAUCUCUGCAUCACGAUCCACUUGGCAGCCUGUGUUAUCAAGGGUCACUGGUGUUUCCUAUCAAAAGCAAGAAAAGUACGAAAACUUAAUAGCCGGUAUAACAGCGCGUGGUGCUGUUGGAUAUAUUUUGAUGCCAUUCACUGUUCUCAAAGUUCGCUAUGAGAGCAAUAUGUAUAACUACGGAUCCAUGCUGGAAGCUUUCAGAUCCAUCGUCAAAUACGAUGGAGUUCGUGGAUUGUUUGCUGGUUAUGGGGCGACAUUUAUUCGUGAUGCACCCUUUGCUGGCAUCUAUUUGUUCUUUUAUGAACACUGGAAGUCAAUGGCUAACGGUUGGAAAAGCCAACACGAUGUUCCUGUUGCCAACGUCGCUAUCAAUCUUGGUGCGGGUGUAGUGGCAGGCACCACAGCAACGUGUAUUACACAGCCAUUCGACAUGAUGAAGACCCGGAUGCAACUCGACCCACACAUUUAUCCAAACAUCUGGGCUACUACACGGCGGGUGUUCUUAGAGGACGGUGUCAAGGGAUUCUUUGAUGGCAUCAGCUUACGGCUUGCCCGUAAACCUCUAAGUUCGGCUAUAUCCUGGGCUAUAUAUGAAGAAGUCGUCCGCUUCUUCUCCAAACGUCGAGAAGCCAUGUCUCAAACCGCUCUUUGAGAACUUUUUCUAAUCAACACUAAUUCAUACAUAUAAAACAGCAUCUUUCAUACACAAACAUUCAACACCCCCCCACCCUCUCACAUCUCUUCCCUCUUGCCCAACAACUACAAGUCGCGUCGCAUUUCUUUCUCAAUGGUAGAUGAUAUAUAUAUCGCAUUCAUUUUUUGUUCCUCUUGUUUUUAUCCCACUGUUCAUUCCUCACGAAAAUAAACAUCCCACAUAUAUCAACAGCA